AUGAAGAUCGUCUUGGGAUUAUUGCUCGUUACGGCUCUGGGUGCCUGCGACGCUGCCAGGCGGACCACCACGGCUGCUACUGUGCCCAACUAUCAGGGCAGGCAACUGGGACACCAUGGACAUCAAGAGAAUGUCUGGGACCUGAUAGAGCUUCAGAAGCUGGACAAUCCCGAUUUCUGGAACAAGAAUCCGACUUCGUCGACGAACGUUACUGAAGAUUCGGUUACGUUGACCGGAAGACAGAAUUAUCCUGGUGUACCAAACCCUGGCGACUCGAACGAGCUACCAGGACCGAUAGUAACCGUUAAACCGAUACCGCCGGUUCAACCACCGCCAGGGUGCUACGAGCUGCGCGGACAGUUCCCGAGUUCGAAGAGCUGCGCGAACUAUCUGAACUGUUGGGACGGCGUGGUGAUCGAGCAAAGUUGCCCCGACGGUCUGCUGUUCAAUGCUGUCAAUUUGGUCUGCGACUAUGACUACAACGUUAAUUGCGGUGAUCGACCAGUGCCAACACCGAAACCACCGCUGCCAACAGGCUCGAAGCUGUGCCCAGACCCGAACGGCCGUUACAGAAGUGCGACGAACUGCUCGGAAUUCUACGUGUGCGUUUUCGGGAAGCCAGUCAAGUUCAGCUGCCCUCGCGGCCUGGUCUACAAUGACCUGCUGAACGUAUGCGACUACCCGUACAACGUGGACUGCAAAGGCGCAGCAACACCGAAACCGACGCCUCCAACCCCAACGCCAUCCCCAGUCACUCAACGACCGACUCAACCGACGCAGCAGCCGACUUACCCGUCGCCAUCUUACCCUACGAACCCGAAUCCGUAUCCCACGAAUCCGAACCCCUCGUACUCCAACCCUUGGCUGACCAGCAAGUUCAGCUCCGACCCCUGGCAACGAUCCUCGUCGCCUCAAUUGGACGUCGACAAGCCAGAAGAGGAGGAAGAGCAAGAAACGUCUUUCACCGAGCAACAACAGCCGCAACAAGAGUCUCAGUCCGAGGUGCCGACAAAUCCGUGGAACUUGAUACAGAAUAUCCCUGCCAGUUUGGUGGCUGUACCCUGCCAGAAUGGGGAUGUGCACAGGUUGAACGACGCAUGCACGAACGUGGUUGUUUGUAGAAACGGACGACCCCAGCUGGUCCAGUGCUCAACAGGACUUGCGUACGAUAGACCCUCGGACUCUUGCCAACCCCUCUCCGUUACCAAAUGGUAG